GUUAAUGCAGCGCUAAGGGUGCCCAGUGCUGUCCUGAACCCUUCCAGCAUGUUGAAUUCAGCAACACUCAAUCCUCUCAAAAGUAGGAAAUCCAAAGCUGUAUCAGCCUGGUGUAGACGUACACUAAGAGUUUCUCAGUGCAGCAGAACCUAGAAUGUCUCUUUGCAGGGAGAAUUCCUGGGAUGAAUGGAGAAUGUGAAAUGGACAAAACCCCUUCUGAAUUCACUCCAGUUGCCCUUCUCACCCUGACAGGCUGCAGAAUAACAUCCACCUUUUGCUCCGGAUCGUCCCAUCCUCCCAGCAUAAAGGAAAUGGCGUCAGUGGAGCUGUCUCAGGGGCUGGUGACCUUUGAGGAGCUGGCUGUGUACUACACGGAGGGGGAAUGGGCUCUGCUAGACCCUGCUCAGAGAGCCCUCUACAGGGAGGUCAUGCAGGAGAACUAUGCCACUGUGGCCUCACUGGGUAAGGAUUCCUGUGCCCUGGUUACUAGAAGCUGUGGGGUCUCUACAGAACCCGAGUAGUAAUAACUCUGGACCUUUACUCAGCCUGUAAUUUUUGGCAGGUUUCCAUGCCCAGCUUUUUGCUUCAUGUCCUUCCUCAGUGUCAUUUCUGGACGUGUGUGUAUUUGAUGUCGGCCAUUUUGAAAAAAAUAUGAUUUGUAAAAUUUAGUUUAAUUUAUCCUUAUUGGAUGCAUUAAAAGUAAUGAAUAA